GCCAGUUCCCGGAGUGCCUUGCGGCUGCAAUGGCUGCCCCCGGCCGGCGUGGUGCUGUGCUUCUUGGAGAGGUGUUAAGGGUGUGGCAGCGGGGCCCUGACGUCGCGAGACAGUGGGUGACCCGGCUCCCCUUGCUCUUGGGCUGUCAGCAGAGGUACGUGCCCUGUGUCCUGGGCGCCUCUUUCUCUGGUUCCCGCCUAGCCUCGGCCUCAAACCGUUACGGCCAGACCUCAGCCCUGGACUGCAUCCUCGGACUCUCCCAGCCCGACAGUUCGUUGACUUCUCGAGUCCCCGCCGUGUCUGUGCGCAGAGAUGAACAGGAUCUCCUCUUGGUCCAUCACCCCGAUAUGCCUGAGAACCCCCGGGUCCUGCGAGUGGUCCUCCUGGGUGCCCCGAAUGCAGGGAAGUCAACACUCUCCAACCAGCUGCUUGGCCGAAAAGUGUUCCCUGUCUCCAAGAAGGUGCACACCACUCGUUGCCAAGCUCUGGGAGUCAUCACAGAGAAAGAGGCCCAAGUGGUCCUACUGGACACACCUGGCCUCAUCAGCCCUGCUAAACAGAAAAGGCACAAUCUAGAGCGCUCCUUGUUGGAAGAUCCAUGGAAGAGCAUGGAAUCUGCUGAUCUGGUUGUGGUUCUUGUGGAUGUCUCAGACAAGUGGACUCGGAACCAGCUCAGCCCUCAGGUGCUCCAGUGCUUGACCCAGUUCUCUCAAGUCCCCAGCAUCCUUGUCAUGAACAAGGUCGAUUGCUUGAAGCAGAAGUCAGUUCUCCUGGAGCUCACAACAGCUCUCACUGAAGGUGUGGUCAAUGGCAAGAAGCUCAAGAUGAUGCAGGCCUUCCGCCCACAGCUAAACACUCAUUGCCCUAGCCCACCAGCUAAGGGCCGUAACACGCAGUCUGCAGGAAGCCCUCAGAGGAUUGGCUGGCCCCAUUUCCAGGAGAUUUUCAUGUUGUCAGCCCUCAGCCAAGAGGAUGUGAAAACACUAAAGCAAUACCUCCUGACACAGGCCCAGCCAGGGCCCUGGGAGUUCCAUAGUGGAGUCCUCACUAGCCAGAUGCCUGAGGAGAUCUGCACCAACAUCAUCCGAGAGAAGCUCCUAGAGCACCUGCCCCAGGAGAUUCCCUACAGUGUGCAACAGAAGACGGUGGUGUGGGAGGAAGGGCCAAGUGGGGAGCUGGUGAUUGUACAGAAUCUUCUGGUGCCCAAAGAAUCUCAUGUGAAAAUCCUGAUUGGUCCAGAGGGGCACCUGAUCUCCUGUAUCGCACAAGAGGUGAGCAGGGACCUCAUGGACAUCUUCCUCUGUGAUGUUCAGCUCCGCCUCUCUGUGAAGCUCCUCCGGUGAUCACCUCCUCCUGCCUUUUCCAAGGCAUCCUGUCCCAAGCUGCUGGCAGAAACUACUGACCAGAACUGCUCCUACCCUGGGCCUAAAGGGACUGGUAAGGAGCAUGGACACUUACUGACUGCCGGCUGGCCUGGCCUGGCUGAGUCUGCACAGCCCUGCACAGCCAUGUCUCCUGUGGGAGGAAGGAACCUACCUUGGUUCCCAGGUAGUUCCUCCGCCUGAGGCCCCAGCUACUUAGGUCUUAGAAAUUGGCUCUUUGGUGGGGGCAGUGCCACCCUCUUCCUGCUGGCAUUAGGCCCAGAGUUUCUCCCUAAGUUACUAGUUAUUAACAGAAAGGAGAUCUUUUUCCUCUCCCUUCAGCUUCCCACCUUGAAGCUGAAUACCCAUGUGUCCUGAGUGAGAUAGUGUCUCCUACCUACUUCCCAAGGCUUUGAUCCCUCCUACUCCAUGCCUUUCCCAGUCUUGGAUGUUAAUAAAGUUAAAAAACAA